AAAAAUGGGGAGCACAAAUAGUGAGAAAGUUGAGCUCUUACAAGCUCAAGAAGAGGUGUGCAAACACCUCUUUGCCUACGCAGAUAGCCUUGUGCUAAGAGCUGCCAUUGAGCUCCGCAUUGCGGAUAUCAUACACUCCAAUGGUCAACCUAUGAGCUUGUCCGAAAUCGCCUCGAAACUCGAGGCACCCUCCCCAAAACUCUCAUCUCUUGCACGCAUCAUGCGUGUGCUAGUCCGAAAGAAAAUCUUCACGGUUGAUUUUGAGAAAGUAUCUUUGUCGCCGGGUGAUGAUGAACCCGGCGAACCCUUGUAUGGACUAACCCUAGCCUCAAAGUGUCUCUUGCAUGAUCAAGAGCUAAGCUUUGCCCCUAUAUUUCUAACCUUCACCCACCCUGUGAUGGUGGAUGGAUGGUUCGAAAUAGGUCGUUCGAUUAAGGAGGGAGGGACGCCUUUCGAGUUGGCUCAUGGUGCACCCUUAUGGGAGAUGACAUCUAAGGAUGCUAGUGUCAAUAAGUUGUUUAUUGCCGGGAUGACCGCGGCUACUAAUUCAUCCUUAGAUGCCAUCAUAAGUGAGUAUAAGGAUAAUAAUAUAUUUUAG